UCCUAAUUCCUAGCUCUGUGCACACGCCCUGUGUAAACAUCGUUAUAAGACAGCAGUAACAACUCCAACACCGCGUCUAUCCCAUAAUUGACUCUGACCAGUCACGUGAUGAAGGAAGGAAGAUCGUCGUUUGACUAGGACAUCAAACAUAGACCUGCUGACUGAGAAUACCAAACAAAAUCUACAUCUGAGCCACUGCUACAUCUGAGACGACGCUUGCACAAGAUGGGGUCUAAAUUUGUCGACGAUGCUGUGGCAGCCCAUAAUGUCUAUCGCGCUAAACACAAGGUCGGUCCUCUGACCAAAGCCAAGGAUCUGUGUGAAUACGCCCAAAAAUGGGCGGACAACAUUGCCAAGUCUGGAAACUUCAGGCACAGUGACUGCAUGCACAAAGGGGAGCGUCUCGGAGAGAAUAUCGCCAUGAAGUACACGUCUUCUGGAGACCCGUUCACAGGCCAACAGGUGACUGACCAGUGGUACAGUGAAGUAGCCAAGUAUACAUUUGGGAGUGACUUCUCCAGCGGAACAGGACAUUUCACCCAGGUGGUAUGGAAGGGCAGCAAAGAAGUUGGACUUGGUCAAGCCAAGGCCAAGGACGGCAAAAUUUUCGUGGUGGCCAGCUAUCGUCCAGCAGGCAAUAUGAUGGGACAGUUUAAAGACAAUGUAUUCAAGCCAGACGGACCCAUCGUUCUGCCUAAAAAAGAAGAACCUAAACCUAUGACAUUCAGAAGUUUUGGAGGAGCGGACGGUAGUCCGGGAGACUCGGGGAUGACACGGAUCGUCCACACAAAGACAAUGCCUACCACAACCUCAACACAGAGAACUGUUCGCACUGUAACCAACCAGGGCGGUCCUCAAACUGUCUCCAGGAUGGUUGUCACAGAAACCAAGACUGGCCCUAACGGUGAAACAAUUACGACGACAAAAGAGACGAUCAAUGGGAAAGAGACCACUACAACCAAGGUCACCAGGAAGGGAGAGUCAGAGAGACUGAAAAACUUACAUUUGGACGAAGACGUUACCGGGAACAAAUAUCUACC